AUGAAGACCCUCACGGCAAGCCUCCUUUCCCUCGCCGGUGUCGCUUCCGCCGAGGUAGCACUCUGGGGCCAAUGUGGCGGCACGAGCUACACAGGAGAGACGACCUGCGUCUCGGGCUCAACGUGCCAGGUCUCUAACCAGUAUUACUCGCAAUGCGUGCCGGGUACGAGCAAAUCCCAGAAUGAACUGCGAAACACCAGAAGCAGGGGGGAAGGAAGAAGACAAGCAAAGUCAGAGGCUGACACAGCGCCAGGUACGGCCACGACCCUUAUCACCACCAGCACCGCGUCUCCCGCCACCACCACGGUGCUAACCAGCACGUCCACGCCCAUACCAACCAACACCCCGGGGGCGGCUGGAGACAAUCCCUCGGCCGCCAGCUCGCUCUUCACUAUCGACGGCGUGACAAAGUACUUCGCCGGCACCAACGCGUAUUGGAUCGGCUUUCUGACCAACAACGCGGACGUGGACACUGCGCUGGACGAUCUCGUCGACGCGGGUCUGAAGAUUCUUCGUGUCUGGGGCUUCAACGACGUCACAUCCAACCCCGGGUCCAGCACCGUCUACUACCAACUGCUGUCCUCAAGUGGCUCGACGAUCAACACGGGCGCCAACGGGCUGCAGCGCCUCGACUACGUGGUCCAGGCCGCCGAGGCCCGCGACAUCAAGCUGAUUGUCAAUUUCGUGAACAACUGGAGUGACUAUGGUGGCAUGCCUGCGUACGUAACCGCCUUCGGCGGCACCAAGGAAGGCUGGUACACCAACACAGCCGCACAAACACAGUACAAGGCCUACAUCAAAGCCGUGGUCGCGCGAUACGCCGACUCGUCCGCCAUCUUCGCGUGGGAGCUGGCCAACGAGCCGCGCUGCAACGGCUGCGCCACGAGCGUCGUCACCAACUGGGCGACCACGACCUCGGCCUACAUCAAGAGCCUCGACCCGAACCACCUGGUCACGAUGGGCGACGAGGGGUUCGGGCUCCCUGGCGACGGCAGCUACCCGUACACGUACGGGGAGGGCAUGGACUUCGUCGCCAACUUGAAGAUUCCAGAUCUUGACUUCGGGACUUUCCACCUCUACCCGGACUCCUGGGGCACGACGAACGAUUGGGGUAAUGCGUGGAUCACAUCGCAUGGCGCGGCGUGCGCGGCGGCUGGGAAGCCUUGCUUGUUCGAGGAGUAUGGUACAACAUCAGAUCAUUGCAGCAUCGAGAGUCCAUGGCAAGCCACUGCCCUCUCUGCGAACGGCAUAUCGGCUGAUCUGUUUUGGCAGCUGGGCACUACGCUCAGCACUGGGCAGACUUCCAACGAUGGCAAUACCCUCUACGUUGGCACUUCAGACUGGACUUGUCUGGUUACUAACCAUGUAGCUGCUAUUGGAUAG